CAAGAUUUCCUUUUUAUGAUUAAAACUUGUGGACGACAGCGAUAUUUUCCUGGGAAAAAGUUGAAACAACUUUCAGGUUGGACCUAAAAGAGUUUAAUUAGAAUCAAGCAGAGAAUCUGAGAGAGAGAAAGAGGGGGAUCAUGGAGUCACCAUUCAAGGCUGAUAUAGUGAAAGGCAAGGUGGCUCUGGUAACUGGAGGUGGGUCAGGAAUUGGGCUUGAGAUAUCGACCCAGUUUGGCAUACAUGGAGCUUCAAUUGCCAUCAUGGGUCGUCGAAAGCAAGUCCUUGAUGCUGCUGUCUCCUCUCUUCGAUCACUUGGAAUUCAGGCUGUUGGGUUUGAGGGGGAUGUACGUAAACAGGAAGAUGCAAAAAGAGUAGUGGAAUCAACUUUUCAGCAUUUUGGUAGGCUUGACAUACUUGUAAAUGCUGCAGCAGGAAAUUUUCUUGUGUCUGCUGAAGAUUUAUCUCCUAAUGGAUUUCGAACAGUUAUGGAUAUUGAUUCUGUUGGUACAUUCACAAUGUGCCACGAGGCACUAAAGUAUCUCAAGAAAGGAGCACCAGGAAGGGGCUCAUCUGGUGGUGGAUUAAUAUUGAGCAUCAGUGCUACUUUACAUUAUACAGCUGCUUGGUAUCAAAUCCAUGUCUCAGCAGCCAAGGCAGCUGUUGAUGCCACUACAAGAAACUUGGCACUGGAAUGGGGAACUGAUUAUGAUAUUAGGGUGAAUGGAAUUGCACCUGGCCCUAUUGGUGAUACACCUGGCAUGAGUAAGCUCGCCCCUGAUGAGAUUAAUAACAAUGCUAGGGACUACAUACCUUUAUACAAGCUAGGGGAGAAAUGGGAUAUCGCUAUGGCUGCCCUCUACCUUGCUUCAGAUGCAGGUAAAUAUGUGAACGGAGCUAUUCUUGUUGUUGAUGGAGGACUUUGGCUGAGUCGUCCUCGCCAUAUGCCAAAAGAUGCGGUGAGGCAGCUUUCAAGAGCUGUCGAAAAGAGGUCUCGAGAUGCACCAGUGGGGGUUCCAAAAAGCAAGCUAUAAGUAUAGAUAUAUCAUUUCUGGGUUUAUUACCCUGACAGUGACCAAAUCUUGAUUGGCCGGUAGCAAUGCAUCAGUAUUUAGAGAAGAAGAAAAAAAAAAAAAUGAACACGAUAAUCAAAUAAGUUUCAUAUAGUGGCUCUUGUAAGACAUGGCAUAAUGCUAUGUUCUUUCACCCAUUUUAGACCUUCAUUAUAGUUGUAUCAGCAUAAUCUGUAUUCUGUAUCCUUAUCACUGUCUGGAAUAUGGCAAUAUAUUUCACCCAGAAUGGAAAUUAUCACCUUCUCACGAA